AUGGCGUACGUGAAACCGGAAGAAUGUCAGGAGUUUUAUACUAAAUCGGAGUUAGACAUAGACAGCAUGUGGCCAAGUCACGUUCUUUGCGCUAGAGCGAUGUCCGGUAAAGAGUGCAUAUGGCGUAGUGGCACAAUAUUGACUGUUCGACAAAACGGCCAAUGGAGUUUGGUUGGUAUCGGUGUAAUGGGACCAGGCUGUAAGGCACCAUCAAGAUUUAUUGACUACACUGUAUAUCAUUUAUGGGUAAGGAACAGUAUCUUAAGAAUCGGCCGACCAGCUGUCACCAAAAUAGCUGAUAACAAUAUUGUGUUAAGACGAAGUUUGUCAAGUAUACAAAGAUUCGGACCAUGUGAUCCGGAAGAAACUAAGGCUGUAUUGUUCACUGAUAAAACAUCAAUAGAUCAAUAUAUUCCCAAGAAAGAAAACAGAGUCAGUUAUAAUUUUACUGUAUUCGCAAACGUUGACUAUUCGUGCGUCGUGUUCUACGUUCGCAAUCGCAUACCAAAAAGAAAAGAAUUGCCCAAAAUAUUUCUUAGACGCUGGUGUACCUCCGAAAGACCAGUAUGCUACGGUAUGAGCUAUUUACAAGUGGACUUUUAUCUAGACAUAUUCUUUGUUAGGUCAAUAGUUUAUAAUAUUAAGGUUUAUGGGAAAGAACUGAAGUUUUUGAAUAUAAAACGCACAAUGGCGUAUUUUAAUGAAAAGAAGAAAUCACCAGAGAUAGCAACUUUAACUCCUCCCACAUCAAAAUCAACGACUGUUUCAUAAAUAACUAUUUAUUUAGAGGAUCGUUGUCUAUGUGUAUUACUAUU